AUGGAUUAAAUACAAGAUAAUGCCGAUGUUAUUGAACCAAUUUUCAAAAAGCUAAAGGAUUCUUUUUGUACUCAUCAGACAAAGUGUGUUAAAUUUAGAAAGGCUCAACUCAAAAAUUUACUAAGAGGUCUUGAAGAGAUGGAACAGCAAUUUCAUACUGCUUUAGAAAAGGAUCUAGGUGUGACAAUGUUCAGUAGUUAAAUGACUUCAACCAUCAUCACCAAAGCAGAAGUGGAGAAUCAAUUGGCGCAUAUUGAUGAAUGGAGUAAGGAAGUCAACGUAGAUACACCAUUUGUCAUUGGUCCUGGGUCAUCCAAAAUAAUAUAUGAACCUCUUGGAGUAGUUCUGGUUAUUGCUGCAUGGAACUAUCCUCUUUACACAGGAAUCCCACCCAUGGCUGCUGCAAUCGCUGCUGGAAAUUGUGUGAUUCUUAAACCAUCAGAACUUGCUCCACACUCUUCAAAAGCCAUGUACGAUUUAGUUACAAAAUAUCUUGAUUAAUCCUUCUAUGCAGUAAUAUAAGGAGGUGUAGAAGUCUCAAAAAAGAUUACCACUUUCCCAUUAGAUUUAAUUAUAUUCACUGGAAGUCCAGAGAAAGGCAAGUUGGUUGCAAAGGCUGCCAGUGAAAAUCUAGUGCCAUGUAUACUAGAAUUGGGAGGUAAGUCACCUACCAUAGUGGAUAAGGAUUGUAAUCUGAAUGUUACAGCUCAAAGGAUUAUUUAAGGUAGAUUUACAAAUGCAGGUCAAACUUGUGUUGCCUGUGAUUAUGUGUUCCUUCAUGAAUCAAUUAAAGACGCUUUUAUUAAUGAAAUAAAGACUGAACUAAAAAGAUUCUUUGGAGAAAACUCUUAAAAUUCAAAUGAUUAUUCAAAAAUUGUGACUGAGUUCCACACUUCAAGAUUAUAAGAACUCCUCAAAGACCAUUAGGGAUAAGUAAUCGUAGGAGGUUAAGUAAAUGUCAACCAAAGAUAUGUUGAACCAACCAUCAUUUUACAACCAAAAGUAGAUUCUAAACUAAUGACUGAAGAAAUCUUUGGCCCAAUUCUCCCUAUUCUCCUAUUUGAAAAUAUCAAUCUAGUCAUUGAAUUUAUCAAUUCAAGACCCAAACCUUUGGCUUUAUAUUAUUAUGGAAGCAACAGCCACCAUAAAAAACUGCUUGAAUAAAAAACAUCCUCAGGCGCAUUAGUAUUCAAUGAUUCAGUUUUCCAUCUUUUGAAUCCAAAUUUACCUUUUGGAGGUGUUGGAAAUAGUGGAUAUGGAGCCUAUCAUGGAAUCGCUGGAUUCAAAGGUUGUAGUCAUGCUAAACCUGUUUUUAGUAAGUCUACUUUAAAUAUCUAUCCAUUCAAUAUUAGAUACCCUCCAUUUACCAAACAUAAGUUACAGACCUUAUCAUUAUUUUUCAAAUUUGCUGAGUUGCCUUAAAGACAUGUUAUUAAUGCCACACUCUUUUUUUCCUUCCUAAUUGCUAUGAAAGUAGCCUAAAAGAAAGGUUAUUUGAAGAAGUUUUUGGAAUUAUCCAAGCCAUACAUUGAUAAAUUGUGGAAGAAUGCAAAUUUAUGA